AUGGCCGAAAGUCCAAAAAAAAAAGAAAAAUUGCCACUCGCCAUGAGACCCGGUUUUGGUGAGAUCGGGAAUAAAAUUCGUGUGAGGACGAACUUUUUUGAAGUAACAUAUCUACCGGAUAAUAACAUAAUCCACUAUGACGUGACGAUUUCUCCGGACGUACCUCCUGUGUUGAAUCGCAAGGUGUUUCAAGAAUUCGAAACACAUAAUCGAGGUGCCCUUGGUGGUAUCCGGCCGAUUUUUGACGGUCGAAAAAAUAUUUUCGCACCUAGGCCGUUGCCUCUCGGUGAAGGAGCCGCGUUUACCGUAACACUACAGGAUAACAUACCUUCGGCAAGACGUGAUGUACGUGAAUUCAAAUUAAAGAUCAAGAAAGUAGGGGAAAUUAACGUGGAACAUCUUUAUCGCUUCCUACAAGGGAGAGGCCCGUCAACGAAUGAAUGUUUGACAGCAAUCAUGGCACUUGAUGUGCUCAUUAGACAUAGCCCAUCCAUGCAAUAUGCAACUAAGGGCAGUUCAUUUUUCAUUCCUCAAGGUUCCCAACAAUUGUAUGGAGGAGUAGAGGUAUGGCAGGGCUAUUAUCAAUCAGCCAGACCCACCCAAGGUAGAAUGCAGGUCAAUGUCGAUCUCAGCGCUACGGCAUUUUACGAAGGUGGCAGUUUAAUACAAAUCAUCGUUAAGAUUCUCGGUAGGAGAUCUCCAAAUGAUCUCCACAGAGGAAUCAACGAUAGAGAUCGGGUAAAGCUUGAAAAAUUUUUAAAGAAUCUAAAGAUACGAGUAGUACAUCGUGGUGACGCCGUUGCUCAACGUCGAUAUCGUAUCAGGGAUAUUUCCUCAAAACCUGCAAAUCAAAUCACGUUUACGAACAGCGACAAUGAGGUUUUGGACGUAGCAAAAUACUUUCAUAAAACAUAUAAUAAACCUUUAACUUUCCCGCACCUUCCGUGUGUGGUGAUCAACAUAAAAAAUAAUAUGUGUUUUCCCAUGGAAGUGUGCGAAGUCAUUGAGGGACAACGGUAUCCCCGAAAGCUUAAUGAAAAGCAAACGGCCGACAUGAUUAAAUUCACAUGUCAACCACCGCACCUUCGCGCGAAUAAAAUAAAGCGGGGACUGGAAAUUCUAAAUUAUCGUGAAAACGAUCAUAUGAAACAAUUUGGGAUGAAAGUCUCGAACGAAAUGACGGUGGUUAACGCCAGAGUGCUUCCAACGCCUCCCGUACAAUAUCAUCCGUCUUCUAAAGAAUCGAGCGUUAAGCCAAGAGAGGGUACUUGGAACCUUCGAGACAAAAAAGUAGCAGCUGGAACUACUCUCGGCUCAUGGAGUGUUUUGGUGUUUGGACCAUCGCACGAGAUCCCUGAAACAAAUGUAAAGCAUUUCCUCAGGGAACUUAUAACGACAUGUCAAGAUACUGGCAUGAAUAUACCGAAUAAUAAUCCGCCAAUAAUGUACGCUAACCCGCAAGGGGAUAUAGAAGUGGCACUCAAAAACGCUUGGCUUAACGCCGGAAAUCUCGCUAAGGCGCCACCUCAGUUGAUAUUGUGUAUUUUACCGAACACUGGUGUACCGCUUUAUGCGGAAAUUAAACGUGUUAGUGAUACGGUCAUAGGAGUCGCUACACAGUGUAUUCAGCAACGACACAUGAUGCAAGCAAAAAAAGCAUAUUGUGCAAACGUGUGUCUUAAAAUGAACGUUAAACUUGGCGGAAUGAACUCCUUCCUAUUACCGGAGCAUAUUCCGUUCAUUGCAGAGCGGCCUACCAUUCUGAUGGGAGCAGAUGUUACUCAUCCCGCGCCUGGUGAUACUGUAAGGCCGUCGAUAGCAGCUCUCUGCGCCUCCAUGGAUGCUAAAGCUUCUCGAUAUGCGGCCGCAAUACGAGUGCAAACGGGAAGAGAGGAGAUAAUAGCAGAUCUAAUAAACAUGGUUAAAGAUUUACUGAAAACUUUCUAUCAAACCUGUGGUAGAAAACCUGACCGGAUUUUAUUCUAUCGGGAUGGAGUGUCAGAAGGACAAUUUCAAAAAAUAUUAACCGAUGAGAUAAUGGCUAUCAGAGCUGCAUGUCAAUCCUUGGAAUCUGACUACCGUCCAGGCAUAACAUUUGUCGUCGUACAAAAACGACAUCACACGCGAUUUUUUCCAAUGGAAAAAAAGGAUGCAGAUCGUUCUGGUAACUGCUUACCGGGCACCAUAGUAGAAAGUAACAUUACGCAUCCCUAUGAAUUUGAUUUCUAUUUGCAAAGUCAUGCUGGCCUGCAAGGGACAUCAAAGCCAACUCAUUAUCAUGUUCUUUACGAUGACAAUCAGUUCACCAGUGAUGCUUUACAAUCACUGUCAUAUAAUUUGUGUUAUAUAUACGCUCGAUGCACACGAGCCGUUUCUUUAGUGCCACCCGUAUAUUAUGCUGAUCUUGUUUGUACGAGAGCACGUUUCCAUUCACGUGGUGAACAGUGGUCGGAUACAGAAUCAUCCGUGGAAGGAACUGGAGCAGCCUCUUCAUAUGGAACUGUGCGACCAGAUCUUGCAAGG